CCAUCCCUGCCUCCUGCCCCAUCCCUACCUGACCUCCUGCCCUGACUCCGUUCUUUCCCAUGCUGUUUCUGCAGGAUGCCAAACUGGGGAGGAGGGAAGAAGUGUGGUGUCUGCCAGAAGGCUGUGUACUUCGCCGAGGAGGUGCAAUGCGAAGGCAACAGCUUCCACAAGUCCUGCUUCUUGUGCAUGGUCUGUAAGAAGAACUUGGACAGCACCACUGUUGCUGUGCAUGGAGAGGAGAUCUACUGCAAGUCCUGCUAUGGCAAGAAGUACGGUCCCAAGGGCUAUGGAUACGGGCAGGGAGCAGGGACCCUGAGCACUGACAAGGGCGAGUCUCUGGGCAUCAAAUAUGAAGAGGGCCAGCCCCACCGACCCACCAACCCCAACGCAUCCAGAAUGGCCCAGAAAGUCGGAGGUGCUGAUGGGUGCCCUCGCUGUGGCCAAGCCGUGUAUGCAGCUGAGAAGGUGAUUGGAGCUGGAAAGUCCUGGCACAAGUCCUGCUUCCGCUGUGCCAAGUGUGGCAAGAGCCUGGAGUCCACCACCCUGGCAGACAAAGAUGGGGAGAUCUACUGCAAAGGUUGCUACGCUAAGAACUUUGGUCCCAAAGGCUUUGGCUUCGGGCAGGGUGCCGGGGCGCUGGUCCACUCGCCGUGAGGCACC